AUGGCCUUGCCUUAUCAUUCAAUUGCAGUGAAGGAAGAGACCAAGGUCUUGAUUGUGGCUACGAUUGCUUGGGGACUGCAUAAAAGCUCACGGGCAAUUAUGCUGGUGCUGAUAUUCCUUGUUGCAAUGAAACCCGGUCUCAUCCACGCUGUUUAUAUGAUAUAUUUUUUCAGCUAUCUUUUGAGCCACAGCAUCAGCAAAAGGAUACGCCAGUCUCUGAUUCUUCUAUGUGAAGCUCAUUUCGCGGUGUUGUACAUUCUUCAGCUUAAUUUAGUCUCUAAAACUUUAGAGCAAAAGGGCUCUUUGAGUAUGGAAAUUUUAUCUCUGUUAGGUUUUCUUGACUGUGAUAAUUCUUGGGAUCUUGUGGAAAUAGCUGUUCUGGCAUGCUUCUGUGCCAUUCAUAAUCAUGGUUUUGAAAUGUUAUUUUCAUUAUCAGCAAUUGUGCAGCACACACCUUGUCCUCCAGUUGGAUUUAGCAUAUUGAACGCUGGUUUGAACAAAUCAGUUCUGUUGUCAGUUUAUGCCUCCCCUACCACAAGAGACAACCAUGAUGAUCCUUCUCACGAGAGAAAUAUAGCUUCAUACCUCAGUGCAAUAGGGCAGAAAUUUUUAUCCAUCUAUCGAUCAUUUGGAACCUACAUAGCCUUUUUGACGAUUCUCGUCACGGUGUACUUGGUCCGGCCUAAUUAUUUAUCAUUUGGGUUCAUUUUCCUUCUGCUUGUUUGGAUCAUUGGGAGACAGCUUGUUGAGAAAACAAAACGACGCCUCUGGUAUCCGUUAAAAGCAUACACAAUUGUGGUGUUCAUAUUCAUCUAUAGUUUGAGCAUUUUUCCCAGUUUUGAGGCAUGGAUGUCCAGAAAGUUAGAUCUUUAUCCAAACUUUGGCUAUAACCCAGAAGACUCAUUGUUGGAAAAUGCUUGGGAGUCUCUAGCAAUCAUGACCGUGAUGCAACUAUAUAGUUAUGAGAGGAGACAAAGCAAGUAUGUCAUAUCAGAAGAUCCUGAUCAACUGCAAUUUGGAGUACUUGGGUUUAUCAAACGACUUCUAAUUUGGCACAGCCAAAAGAUUUUGUUUAUUGCUCUUUUCUAUGCAUCAUUGUCUCCAAUAAGUGCAUUUGGGUUUUUAUAUCUUCUCGGGCUUGUCCUCUGUUCAACUUUACCUAAGGCUUCUCGGAUCCCAUCCAAAUCAUUCUUAGUUUACACAGGACUUUUAGUCAUAACUGAAUAUCUUUUUCAGAUGUUGGGUGAACAGGCUGCGAUGUUUCCUGGCCAAAAACACUAUGAUUUGUCCGUUUUGCUGGGUUUCCGGGUUUAUAAGCCUAGCUUUUGGGGUCUAGAAUCUGGCUUGAGGGGGAAAGUUCUGGUGAUUGCUGCAUGUACCCUUCAGUACAAUGUCUUCCGUUGGUUGGAGAAGAUGCCUAGUUCUCUUUCAGAUGUAGGUAGAUCUGAAGAACCUUGCCCAUUGUUUAUCUCGACAAAAGAUGUAUUACCUGUUGUCUCCGUUUCCAAUGGAGAGAACAUGGUGUUGGCAGAUUCUAGUGAACUUCCUACAAAAAUAAUGGGGGUGACAAGCAAUUCAUGGCCAUCUUUCAACCCUGGUAUGUACCAGUCAUCUCAAGUUGUGCCCUCCAAAACAGGAGGCUCUGAGCAAAGCAGCAUUAGAAGAUACUCGUUUGGGUCUAUCUGGGGAAGCGUGAAGGAGAGUCAUAAGUGGGACAAGAAGCGAAUUCUGGCCUUAAGAAAGGAGAGACUUGAAUUACAAAAGACCACCUUAAAAAUAUAUUUGAUGUUCUGGAUGGAGAACAUGUUCAACCUCUUUGGCAACAUGUUCAACCUCUUUGGCGUUCAGAUUGUUAUGAUUGCUUUGCUUCUUGCCAGUUUUGUUCUUCUGAAUGCAGUUUCUAUGUUGUAUAUUGCAUCACUUGCUGCUUGUGUUCUUUUAAACCGGAAUACUUUACGGAAAUUGUGGCCAAUAUUUGUCUUUUCCUUUGCAUCCAUUCUCGUUCUUGAAUACUUUGCCAUGUGGAAGAACGCGAUCCCUUUAAGUCCGCAUGUCCCAAGUGGCACUAAUGUGCAUUGCCAUGAUUGCUGGAGAAACUCAAAUACAUAUUUCAAUUACUGCAGAAAUUGUUGGCUGGGACUUACUGUUGAUGAUCCUCGAAUGCUGAUCAGCUAUUAUAUGGUCUUUAUGUUUGCUUGUUUCAAACUUCGUGCGGAUCGGUUUUCCAGUUUUUCAGGGUCAUUUGCGUAUCACCAAAUGAUGUCUCAGCGUAAGAAUGCAUUUGUUUGGCGAGACCUUUCUUUUGAAACCAAAAGCAUGUGGACUUUUCUCGACUACCUGAGACUUUAUUGCUGUUGUCAUCUAUUGGAUCUUGUGCUUGCUUUAAUUUUAAUUACGGGAACCCUUGAGUACGACAUUCUGCACCUUGGAUAUCUUGGUUUUGCUCUCGUUUUCUUUCGAAUGAGGCUCACAAUACUGAAGAAAAAGAAUAAGAUCUUCAAGUUUCUGCGGAUAUACAACUUUGCCCUUAUCGUUCUCUCUCUUGCCUAUCAGUCUCCCUUCGUGGGUGAUUUUAAUACAGGGAGAUGUGAAACAAUAGAUUAUUUAUAUGAGCUGAUUGGAUUCUGUAAAUAUGACUAUGGGUUUCGGAUAACCUCAAGAUCGGCUUUGGUUGAGAUCAUAAUUUUUGUCCUGGUAUCACUGCAGUCAUACAUGCUUUCCUCCAAGGAGUUUGAUUAUGUGUUUCGAUAUCUUGAGGCGGAGCAAAUUGGUGCAAUUGUACGUGAACAAGAGAAGAAAGCUGCAUGGAAGACUGCACAGUUACAGCAUAUUCGUAAUUCUGAAGAAAAGAAACGCCAGCGUAACUUGCAAGUGGAGAAGAUGAAAUCUGAGAUGCUCAACUUACAAAUCCAGCUUCACAGUAUGAACCCUACUGCUGCUUGUAGUGAUACUUCUCCUAGGAGUGAAGGCUUAAGAAGGAGGAGGAAUGCUUCUCUUAAUUUGAAUAGGGACACUGAUUACCUUGAUAAAGAGGACGGUAUACUAGGGAAGCAAGAGAUAAAUAUACAUGCAGACACAGGUAUCCCUUUUGAAUUGCAUGAAUCUCCCACUAGUGUAAGAACUGAAAGUCCCUUAGCAGCGGAGUUCACAAAGCAUUCAAUGGAAGAUUCUGUUUGUGAGAUCACUGAACUUGAGGUAGAUGCUGCAGAGGGUGCAUGUACUGAUUCAGACAAAGAAAGGAAAGGAAGAGUCCAAGCUAAGGAAAACCCAUUAAUUUCUGCUGUACAGUUGAUAGGCGAUGGUGUUUCCCAAGUACAGUUCAUUGGAAAUCAGGCAGUUACCAACAUAGUGAACUUCUUGAACAUUCCACAUGAAGAUUCUGAUUCAAAUGACCCCUUAUUGGCAGAGGAUGCAAAAUUCAAUGAGAGAGAGAACCAGAAAAUGAACUAUACAGAGUUGGACCGUUCAUCUUCUUUGCAGUCUGACAAGAGUAGAAUGUCUGAUGCUGCACAUCUGCAGAUUGGAAGGAUCUUCCAUCAUAUAUGGUCCCAGAUGCGCUCCAAUAAUGAUGUUGUGUGUUAUUUUUGCUUGCUUCUUGUCUUUCUUUGGAGCUUCAGUUUGCUUUCCAUGGUGUAUCUAGCUGCUCUCUUCUUGUAUGCUCUGUGUGUGAAUACUGGGCCAAGUUACAUCUUUUGGGUUAUCAUGCUAAUCUAUACCGAAAUUUAUAUUUUGCUUCAAUAUCUGUUCCAAAUUAUCAUCCAACAUUGUGGUUUGAGCAUCGAGUGGAGCCUACUUCCAGAGUUAGGGUUCCCUACAAAAAAAAUCACAUCGUCAUUCGUCAUCAGUUUAUUGCCUCUGUUUUUGGUCUACUUAUUUACCCUCAUACAGAGUUCUAUAACAGUAAAAGAUAGUGAAUGGAUUUCCUCACGGGGUUUUAAUAAUCGAAAUGGGAGAGCAGUCCACCAAGAGGCAGGUCUGGUCGGUUCUAGCUUGAGUGAGAAGGCCAAGAAGCUGUUCCAACCAGUGACACACAUAAUGAAAAUGUUAAUCAAAAGCUGCUCUAGGUACUGGAAGUCACUGACACAGGAAGCAGAAUCUCCUCCGUACCUUGUCCAGUUGUCUAUGGAUGUCCACUUGUGGCCCGAGGAUGGGAUCCAACCAGAGAGGAUUGAAUCUGGAAUAAACCGACUGCUCCGGAUUGUGCAUGAUGAGAGAUGCCAGGAAGAAAACCCUAAUGGUUGCCCUUGUGCAAGUAGAGUUCACAUUCAAAGCAUUGAAAAAAGUACAGAUGACCAAAAUGUAGCCUUGGCUAUGUUUGAGGUGGUUUAUGCUUGCCCAUUGACGGAAUGCACACCCACAGAACGGUUCAAGUCAUUAACUCCAGCAGCUGAUGUAGCAAAGGAGAUUCUCAAGGCACAACGUACUGGUCUUGUUGAAGUUGGAUUCCCAUAUCCUAUACUCUCAGUGAUUGGGGGAGGCAAAAGAGAACUUGAUCUCUAUGCUUACAUAUUUGGUGCAGAUUUGUCUGUUUUCUUUCUGGUUGCUAUUUUCUACCAGUCCGUCAUUAAGAACAAAAGUGAAUUUCUAGAGGUUUAUCAGGUUGAAGAUCAAUUUCCAAAAGAGUUCGUAUUUAUAUUAAUGAUUAUCUUCUUCUUAAUUGUGGUUGAUCGCAUUAUAUACCUCUGUUCAUUCGCCACAGGAAAAGUGAUCUUCUACCUUUUCAACCUUAUCCUCUUUACAUAUAGUGUCACAGAGUCUGCCUGGCAUUUGGAUUCUUCACAACAAAAUGCUGCAGGAUUAGCUCUUCGUGCUAUAUAUCUUACAAAAGCAAUUUCUCUGGCACUGCAAGCUAUACAAAUCCGAUAUGGGGUCGCUCAUAAGAGCACUUUGUAUCGCCAGUUUCUGACCAGCAAAGUUUCUCGAGUAAAUUAUUUAGGCUACCGACUCUAUCGUGCUCUUCCAUUCCUUUAUGAAUUACGUUGUGUACUUGAUUGGUCAUGCACAACUACAUCUUUGACGAUGUAUGAUUGGCUGAAGGGGAAUACUGAUGUUAGUAUCGUCAUUCUCGACAUGAUAUGGACUCUACAACUCCCCUACUUCAAAUAUACGUCAAAUGGAAGUACAAUAUCUUAA